CAUCCAUGGGGCGACAUCAAACGAAGUGAGGUCUGAGAGAUCAGCAGAAGUAAAAAAAAACAUAGCAGAAAAAGAGCGCUAGCGUUUGCUUCUUCUUCAACGUUCCUUCCCCCCUCUGUAAUUCCCCGCUUCUCCGAGUCCCUUUCUGUUAAUCAUCUGUCUUUCUAAACGAAGUUGGCGAUUUCUUUUCUUUCUCUAAGGUUUGGCCUCAGGAUUUUUCGGAAGCACAAACUUAGGAGAGAAAAAAAAAGUGGGUAAUUUUUUUGACGAAAGCCAGGUGUUUUCAGAAUCGAGAUCCAGGAGUCCUGUUUUUUUUCUCCAUCUUCUCGUUGUUGGGUUUUUGUUUUUGUUUUUGUUUUCUUUCUCGAUUAGAAUCGGCCAAGAGGGCGAUUUUUGGUCCCUCCCAGGUUGAAUCUCUAGGUGUUUUCUUGGAAGUGACGGAGGUUGGUUAUUUGUUAACCUCUUGAACCCUUUGGAAAUAGUUCUUUUGGUUCUUGUUUAUUUUUUUGCUACUUCUUGUAAAGCUUGCAGAUUUCCUGGUGUUAUUAUGGCAACUACCAUGGAGUUCUACAGCAGUAGAUCGGCUCUCCCAUCGUACCGAAUUUCCAACGGUGGUGACGAGCUCAUGGAAGCUCUGUGCCCGUUCAUCGGCGGCUACGGUGCUUCCACAUCUACCCCUUCUCUUUCCUCCCCCUCCUCUUCUUCGUCUUCUCUCUUCUCUUUCGAGCCCGUGUCGUUCUCGGAUGGCUGCUCGACAAGCCCCGACCCUCUGGGCUUCGAGCUACCCGGUCCGAUCGGGCUCAACCACCUCACCCCAUCUCAGAUCAACCAGAUCCAAGCCCAGAUCCAGUUCCAAAGCACGAACUUGCCCUCCUACCAUGGCCACGGCUACCACCCGAGCAUGCUUCUGGGACCGAAGCCCGUGUCCAUGAAGAUUUCCGGGUCGGCGGGCAAACCGGCGACGAAGCUGUACCGGGGUGUGAGGCAGAGGCAUUGGGGCAAGUGGGUCGCCGAGAUCCGGCUGCCCAAGAACAGGACCCGCCUCUGGCUCGGCACCUUCGACACGGCUGAGGAAGCCGCCCUCGCCUACGACCGGGCCGCCUACAAGCUGAGGGGCGAUUUCGCCCGGCUCAACUUCCCCCACCUCAAACACUGCGCCGCGUCCGACGUCGGCGACGGCAGAGUCUCGCCGUUGCACUCGUCGGUCGAUGCGAAGCUGGAGGCUAUCUGCCAGACUAUCGCCGAGAAGAAGGCUGACGGUGCCAAGAAGCCCCCGGCCUCAGGCCGAUCCCGAGCCGCAGCCGCAGCCGCAGCCGCAGCAGCAGCCGCGGCAGCAGCUGCAGCCGCGCGGGAGGUUUCUUCUCCGGAAGAGGCCUCGGAGGUGACGGAGGUGACGGAGGUGAAGGGAUCCGAACCGGAGAGCGAAGGGUCGGCGGAAUCGUCGCCGCUUUCGGAUCUGACGUUCGACGACUUCGCGGAGGCCACGUGGGAGUGCGUUUCGUUGCCGGAGGCGUCGACCUUGAUGAAGUAUCCAUCGGAGAUCGACUGGGACGCGAUCUGAUGUCAAAAAAAUCGUUUAUUUUUCUUUUCCUGUUUCCAUUCGUGUAGUCAAAUUGUUAGCUCGUGUCUUUUUUAGAGCAAAAAGUUCAGGAAGGCGGGAGCGGUCGCUGCGAUUGAGUUUUUGUGGGUUGCAGUGGACUGCUCCUUGUUCUUUUAGGGGUUUUCCAUUUCAUUGUGAUUAGCUGUAGCUAGCUAGCAGGGCUGUAAAACUAAAAAGUCUGCCUCGUCCAGUUGAAACUUUUUAUCUGCUGGGCUAUGGAUGUUCCUAUGUAAUUCGUUCGUCUUAUGUAAAAUUAUGGUCUUUCAGUUCUGUACA